AUGGCAGGAGCAGCGAUCCUUCGUUCUUUGGCCACCAAGACGAUGGCCCGCGCACAGCCUCGCCUUCCAUCUGCACUGGAGCACCAUGGCCGCCUUCCAACAAGCUCCGGUGGCCUUUGGCUUUCUAGAUUCUCCACAUCUACUGGUGGUUCCAUGCCGCCAGUUGCCAACCUCAGGGGGCCUCAAACUGAUAUCAAGAAAGUUCGCAGUGGCAGUGACUGGGACCGGGUAAAGACCGCAGCCAUAGAAGCUACAACCACAUGUGCUUUCUUCACAGUUGUUGGUGGCGUCAUUGUUAUAUAUGGCUGGGUUAAUCCGGCACUGGAUCGUAUCAAUGCCAACUUGGAAGCUAGUAAUCGACUUGACAUGGAAAUAAUGGAUGAGAUAAAACGCGGUCAUCAAAGGAUUCGUGAGCAUUGUGGUUCAAGCGAAAGUUAG